UAUUAGGCAGAGUUUUCUUACAUCCGUUGUAGGGCUUAAAUCACAAUUUAAAGAACAUCAGCAAGGAGUAACAUAUCCUCAUCGUGCUUAUUUGUUUUUGAACGAAAGACGCAUGCUAGGAUUUGAAGUGAUCUUUCCGGUUUUGUUUCUUAUUUUUGUGGCAAUUGUUGUGAUGAACGCUUUCGAGUUAAUUGGUCAUGUCGCAUGGCUCAUGAGUUGUUAUCUUUAACUGCGUAGAGAAGGCUAUCUAAGUGAAAUGGAUCUUCGAAUUAUUGUUUGAUCGCAAAAUGUGAUGCAUUAAAACGUGUUUAUGUAUACAGGACGUGACUACAUCAGUUAUUAAUGGCUUUGCAAUGUGAUCACAACAACUGUGCAUGAUGUGUUCUAUGCCAGUUUUGAGUGAUUCUGAAGGAUGAACAGCAGUGGUCCAGCAUACCCUUUGGCCUCUCUGUAUGUAGGUGAUCUUCAUCCAGAUGUCACUGAGGCCAUGCUCUACCAGAAGUUUUCACCAGCUGGACAGAUCAUGUCCAUUCGUGUUUGCCGUGAUGUUAUUACACGCAGGUCCCUUGGAUAUGCUUAUAUCAACUUCCAGCAGCCGGCAGAUGCGGAAUGUGCCCUUGACACAAUGAACUAUGAAGUCAUCAAGGGUCGUCCAAUAAGGAUCAUGUGGUCGCAGCGAGAUCCAGGCCUGAGAAAAUCUGGGGUGGGAAAUAUCUUUAUCAAGAACAUGGAUGAGUCUAUUGAUAACAAGGCUCUCUAUGACACUUUUUCUGCUUUUGGUAACAUCUUGUCAUGUAAGGUUGUUUGUGAUGAAAAUGGCUCAAAAGGUUAUGGGUUUGUGCACUUUGAGACUCAGGAAGCAGCCAACAGAGCUAUUGGGACUAUGAACGGCAUGCUUCUGAAUGAUCGUAAAGUUUUUGUAGGGCAUUUUAAGUCUCGUAAGGAGCGUGAGGCAGAGAUGGGGGCUAAAGCCAUGGAGUUCACCAACGUCUACAUUAAGAACUUUGGUGAAGAUGUUGACACCGUGAAGUUGAAGAGCAUCUUUAGCGAAUUUGGUAAGACUCUCAGCGUUUGUGUGAUGACUGAUGAAAGGGGACGCUCUCGUGGCUUUGGUUUCGUCAACUUCGAAAACCAUGAAGAUGCCAGAAGGGCAGUAGCUGAAAUGAAUGGCAAGGACUUGAAUGGCAGGGUGCUGUAUGUGGGUAGAGCUCAGAAGAGACUGGAGAGACAGGGAGAACUCAAACGCAAAUUUGAGCAAAUAAAGCAGGAGCGCAUACAACGGUACCAGGGGGUGAAUCUUUAUGUAAAGAAUCUAGAUGACAGCAUUGAUGAUGAGAAGUUGAGGAAAGAGUUUGCGCCUUAUGGAACAAUUACUAGUGCAAAGGUGAUGACCGAUGGGGGGCACAGCAGGGGCUUUGGCUUUGUGUGUUUUUCUUCUCCUGAAGAGGCCACGAAGGCAGUCACUGAAAUGAAUGGUCGGAUCGUUAGCACCAAACCGCUAUAUGUGGCACUCGCCCAAAGAAAAGAAGAGCGAAAGGCCAUCCUUACCAAUCAGUACAUGCAGAGGUUAGCCAGCAUUCGAGCCAUUCCCGGCCCUGCCAUACCCAACACUUACCAGCAGAGCUCUGGUUACUACAUGACCUCUGUACCACAGCAUCAGGUUCGCUCUUAUUACAAUACUGUGCCAAACCUGCGGCCCGCACCACGCUGGCCAGCACAAGCUCCAAGAACACAAGCUCCAUUCCCUGCUGAGUUUGUGAGACAAGCAAUGCCACGCAGACCCUCAACCACCAUAAGCACGGUCCGCCAGGCCUCCACUCAGGUCCCUCAAAUUGUUAACAACAACCAACGAAUGGCUAACAUUGGGACACAGACAGCUGGUGGGAGAACUGCAGGAGGAGCUGCAGUCAGAGGAGUCAGUCAGUAUAAAUAUUCCGCCGGAGUCCGUAAUGUGCACCAGGUCAUCCAUGCACCAGCUCCUGUCGUUCAUCAGGUGGCACAUAAUACAGAACCUGCGGUUCAUGUGAGGGGUCAGGAGCCUCUUACAGCCUCAAUGCUGGCAGCUGCACCCUUAAAAGAACAGAAGCAACUACUGGGUGAACGGUUGUACCCCCUGAUACAGGCUAUGCAUCCCAGCCUUGCGGGGAAGAUCACAGGUAUGCUGUUGGAGAUUGACAACUCUGAGUUACUGCACAUGCUUGAGUCUCCAGAGUCUCUGCACUCUAAGGUUGAAGAGGCAGUAGCGGUUCUUCAGGCUCAUCAGGACAAGGAGAUAACAACGAAGAAGUGAAGAAGCUCCCUGAGGCAGGCAUGCACGCUGGAGUUCCAUGGAGGUUUUUUCAAAAACGGGGAUGAAGGAAAAGAGUUGAAAAUAGCACUUCAGAGUCAUGUUAUUCAAUGUGUAAUUUUGACAAAGCAAAUGCCAUUUUGCUCCCCAAAAUGUUAAGUUUAUUCUGAUUUUGUUUAUAAAAAUGAAAAAUGGAAAAAAAUGGAAAAAAGAUGAAAAAGCAAAAAGAUUAGUUGAAAUUUCUCUCCAAUAAAUAUUAUUCUGGCUUGGUGUACAUGCAAAUGUGGUUUCAGACUCUUAUUUUUGAUCAAUUUUAUCUUUGUGACAUACACCUCAAGAACACAUUGCACUUCUACCAUGUUUAAUAUUGUUUUUACCCAAUA